UCCGGUCGGCCGCCUCGGCGACGGAGGCGCGGAACACGGUCCGAUCGGACCCUAUGUCCCCCGCCUCUCCCGGAACCUGAAGCUGACCAUGGAAACAACCACGAACACGAGUGGAGACGUUGGGCCGGGUCGUGGGGCGAAGGCCUCCGUGCCCGUCAGCCCACCGGUGCGCCUGCUGCAGGGGGAGGAUGCAACCGGACUGCAGAUGUCCCUCAGCCAUGUCCCGCACACGCUCAUGUACCUGUCACUAAAGAUGGAAGCCAUGUCACCGCACAGAGAGGUCCAUCUGGAGGAGGAGAUCUUGUACCAGUACCCAGCCUCAGAAGCCUCCGCCGGGCUCAGAGGCGUGAGAGGAAUCUACUUGACGCUGUGCGACAUGCUGGAAAACGUCACCGGAGGCCACAUUGUCAGUUCAACGCUCCUGCUGAACAAGCAUCUGGUGCACGUGGGCUACUGGAAGGAAGGCGACGCCCUGCUGGUCGUUGGGCUUCCUGCUGAGAGGGUUCCUUUGCUGUGCCUGCAGUCACUGGUGGGUGAUGCUGUGCGGACAUUAAGAGUCAUGUAUGGAUCCUUGGACAGGGCUUUCUGCAGGAGAGAGCGAGCGCCGGAGCUGGACCAGUUCUUCUGCGUGUUCUUCCAGCGGCUCAUCCAGCCAUCCCACCUCGGAGAUAGGUCCUCAGUGCCGCCCCCUGACAUCUCCGGGAGCAUCCUCCUCAACAGGCUGCCGGCUGUGCGGUGGCUCCCACUGCCUGCAAAAGUCAAAACAGACCUGGACUCUGUCCUCAAUGACUUUGAGGCCUCUGACUUUGGAGAAAUGUCGGAGGACUUCUUUGGCAUGAGGCGUCUCUACGGAAUCCUCGGCUCGUGUCUCUUCUACAAGUCCUACCUGAUCGCCAACCAUCUUCCCAAAGAGGACCUGCUGGACAUUUGUCUGUACAUGCAGCAUUACUGCCUGCUGCCCAUGGCGUCCCCCCAGCGGGUUGGCCAGCUGCUCAUCUGGCGGGAGGUCUUUCCCCUGGGACCUCUUCGAGGACGUCACUUCCUCCUCGUUGUGGGCCGGCGGUGCUGGAUACAGUGUGUGCUGCUGGAGGUUGGAGGGUGCGUGACACAUUCUUCUGCAUCUCCAGGACCUGACUGUGUUUACGUGGAUCAGGUCAAUGCCACAUUGUUACGAUUGGAGAUCACGGAGGAGGCUAUCGAAGAACGUCUGAGCGCCCCCGCCGCUCCACACCUGUUUUGUGCGGACUUGUUCCUGCAAGCUGGCAUUGCCCAGGCCCGCCUAGACGGCCUGGCCCUAGGCAACGGCUUGUUUGGAGAGAAGACCCGAGACUGCGGGGUUGAGGGACACGUGGACAUCGGGUCAGGUUCUUCAGCAAGGAUCCCAGGUGGCCGUCAGGACUCGCUUGAUGCGAGCGGAGGCAUCUUCAAGGCCCAGCGGAGGAAGCACUCGAACCCGUUGGACCUGGGCACAUUGAUGAAGACUCUGAGUGGGAGAGACACGGGCGAAAUAUGGAGCGCCGGUGCCGAGAACGCCGUGUUCCACUACGUGCUCAUGGAAACGGUCCAGGGAAUCUUUAUCGCGCCCACGCAGACUGAGGAGGCUCAGCUCGGCGGAUCGAUUCAUCCGUUGCUCAUCCGCAACUUUUACCGCUGCUGCCUGUCCAUUCGGGCGGUAUUGAAAGAGAACAUGCCGGUGCGAGGCCAGCGAGCGCCAGAGGGGCCUCGGGGUUCGGGCCCGGUCAAAGAGCACGGAGUCCUGUUCCAGUGCGUCCUCGAAAACUGGGCAGACCAGCGGAAACCUGCUCCCACCCUGACGUACUGGGUCAUAGGGCGAUUGUUGCUGGAGCCCGUUCCUCAAGAGUUCUACGUGUGUUUUCACGACUCGGUACCAGAGUUUCCUGUGGAGAUGGCCUUCAGACUGUCCUUCGGUUUGGCCACUUGAUUCGGUGACUCACCGGGCCCUCUUCAGAAAGUUAAAUCUCCUCACCUUUAUACCGCCUUUGCUUAACUUCACCGGUUCAAGGCGACAUCAGAAGGUGCCUCCUGUGGAACAAGAUCCAAAAGUGAGAGCAGUGCUUAAAAUGAAUUCGACUCCACUUUUUUCAACCGUCGUCACCGCGCAAGCGCUAUUAUUAAGUCUCUAAGCGUGAAACUACUAUUUCCCAAAGAUGGGACGAUGAAAAGCGCUGCGUCCAUUCAUGUGUUCUUAUCAUAUUUAUUUUAAUCGGGUUGUCUCACUUGAAUAGGAAAGUGUUUUUUUUUUUUUUUUUUUUUUUUGGGCUUUGACGUGCCGGCGCAAACCGGAGAUAAAAGUGCCGUAUUGUGGCAGUGACCAAGACUCCAAAAAAAUGUAAAACGAGCAAGCUCCCGGUAUCUUAACGCUAACGCAUAAUGGCAAAUGCCAUUGGCGGGCUAACACUUAGCAUCGGUAGUUCCGGUCAGUGGCGGGCACUCGGCUGCCGCCCCACUGCUGCUGUGUCACCUUGAAUAAGGCAAAAAUUAAAUAAUGACAAUGAAAUAUAAUAAUUAGCAAAUAUAUGUCCAGUAUCUUAAUAUUGUUUACAUCAAAUUGCACCUUGUGGCUCAAUCAUAGCCACUUUUAGUCAAUUGAAACCCCCAAAAACGACACGAUGUAAUCAUACAUUUUGGGUUUUAUUUUAUUUUUUUUUACUCCUCACCUAAAAGUGUUUCAUAAUAAUGUUUUCAACCAGAUGAUUCUGUUUUAGAACAAGAACAAAAUGUAAGGAGAGCUGCAUUUAGGUUUAUGGCUCAUUUUCAUAUGCAGCGGGUAGGGAAAGUAUUCAGACCCGCUUACAUUUUUCCACUCUUUUGUUAUAUUGCAGCCAUUUGCUCAAAUCAUUUUAAGUUCCUUUUUUCCCCCCUCAAUAAUGUACACAGAGCAGUUCUGGCGGCGUGCAAGUCCUCAAGGGUGAGUAGGGGGGGUACCAACAAUGUUUUCAAGAGUUUUGAACCCGGACCUCAAAACAUGCACACUUGGGGCUGACGUCUCUUCUGUUGGCAACGUCUUCCGUUUGUGUGCAGCGUAACGGCUAAAUGCUGCUUCGCCGUGUUUCUCGUCCACCCCCGGCCGGGGCCUUGCCACCGGGGAGCUUUUUAACCACCUCGGGGACCUCAACCCCAGAGAUAGGAGAGCCCGACCCCAGACGGUGGAAUUGAGGAGGUCUUCGAAAUAUUCUCCCAACCGACUCACAACGUCCCGAGUCGAGGUCAGCGGCGCCCCAUCCCCACUAUACGCAGCGUUGGUGGUGCGCUGCUUCCCCCUCCUGAGACGCCGGAUGGUGGACCAGAAUUUCCUCGAAGCCGUCCGGAAGUCUUUUUCCAUGGCCUCACCGAACUCCUCCCGUGCCCGAGUUUUUGCUUCAGCGACCACCAACGCUGCAUUCCGCUUGGCCAGCCGGUACCCAUCGGCUGCCUCAGGAGUCCCGCACGCCAAAAAGGACUCCUCCUUCGGGCUUGACGGGUUCAGGGAUUUCCGCCACGAUAGGCACGGACCCCCUUACGACCACAGCGCCGGUCGGCCGCCUCAGCAAUGGAGGCGGGGAACGUGGACCGCUCGCACUCGAUGUCCCCCGCCUCCUCCGGGACAUGAGCAAAGUUCUGUCGGAGAUGAGAGUUGAAACUCCUUCUGACGGGGGAUUCUGUCCACCGGGGUGAAACCCAACGUGCAGGCGCCGAGCCGGGGGACAAUAAGUAUACCCACAGCUGCUCGACGCCUCUCAGCGUGGCCAACUCCAGAGGGGAAGAAAGUCCGACCCCUCUCGAGAGUCCGACUAUAUCCGGUCGGAACUUCUCGACCUCACAAGCCAGCUGCCAGAGAGGUUACGUUCCACGUCCCCGGAGCCAGCUUCUGUAGCCAGAGAUCGGAUGGCCGAGGUCCCUGCCUUCGGCCACCGCCCAGCUCGCACUGCACCCGACCCCGAUGGCUUUUGGUACGGUACGUCAUCUUAUACUGCUGAACAGGUUGGAAACGUGGGUAGGACUAAAUGAAACAGUCCUUAAAUGGUUCAGGUCCUACCUGGAGGAAAGGAGUUAUUUUGUAACCAUCGGAAGCGUUCAAUCUCAUCGGACGGCAAUGACCGAUGGGGUCCCUCGAGGGUCAGUUCUUGGACCCCUCCUGUUCAGCCUGUAUAUGCUACGCAUGGCUCAAAUUCUUCAGAACUUUAAUUUUGACUCUCAUAACUAUGCAGAUGACACAGAGUGUCUCCAGAUGAUGACAGUUCAAUUGAGGUGUUGUCACCGUCUAAAACGGAUAAAUAACUGGAUGAGCCGACAUUUUCUUCAAUUAAACCACAACAAAACUGAGAUAACACGAGCUGUUCGGUCCCUGUACGACCGGUGUCAGAGCUUGGUCCGCAGUAAGUCGGGGUUGGACUCCGCCGAAGCUGCCCUUUGUCACCGAUUCUGUUCCUAACUUUUAUGGACAGAAUUUCAAGGCGUAGAGGGGGUCCGGUUUGGUGGCCUCAGAAUCGCAUCUCUGCUUUUUGCAGACGACGUGGUUCCGUUGGCUUCAUCAAGCCGUGACCUCCAACUCUCACCGGAGCGGUUCGCAGCCGAGCGCGAAGCGGCCGGGAUGAGAAUCGGCACCUCCAAAUCCGAGACCGUGGUCCUCGGUCGGAAAAGGGUGGCGUGCCCUCUCCGGGUCGGGGAUGAGAUCCUGUCCCGAGCGGAGGAGUUCAAGUAUCACUCGGGGUCUUGUUCACGAGAGAGGGAAGAACGGAACGGGAGAUCGACAGGCGGAUCGGUGCGGCGUCUUCAGCGAUGCGGACUUUGUAUCGAUCCGUUGUGGUAAAGAAGGAGCCGAGCCGAAAGGCGAAGCGCUCGAUUUACCGGUCGAUCUGCGUUCCUCCCCUCGCCUACGGUCACGAGCUGCGGGUCGUGACCCGAAGAACGAGAUCCCGGAUACGAGCGGCCGAAAUGAGUUUCCUCCGCAGGGUGUCCGGGCUCUCCCUUCGAGAUAGGGCGAGAAGCUCGGUCAUCCGGGAGGAUCUCAGAGGAGAGCCGCUGCCCAAAAUGAGAGGCUGCACAGCAAUUUCAGGGACACAUACUAUUAUGAAAAUAGAAUAUACAUGAUCAAAAUGACUUGUUUUAACACAUAGAGAGAACAGUGUGUGGGACAUGCCAAAAUCACACACAGCCAAAGGGGGAAAAAAUGGUAUAAAAUGAAGAAAACCCAUUUUAAGAGAAAUAUUAUUGGACUGAUGUGUGUGCAAAUGUGUGGUCACUUAUAAUCAGAGCACAGUUGAAUUAUUCUGCUCCAUUUUCAUGAUGACUGAGCGAUUCUGAUGAGGACACCAAAGGCACCUUAUCAUGAUAUUGACUCAAAUAUAAAAAAUUUAAAAAAAAUGGUGUAUGUUCCACGAUUAAAGGUGCAUGCAAUAGACUUUCUUCUCAUGUUCAUUUCUUGCAAAAAUGAGACUUCAGAAAUAAAUGACGAAUACGGAGUUACUUUUCAAACACUCUAUUUCUAGCGCCACAGUUCUUAAAAACUAUCCACACAAGUCAGUAAGUGUGUGAAAUGGGGGGGAAAAGAAAAAGAAAAGAGCGCUCAUUAAAGGUGAAGGCAAACUUUGCAGUUAGCUGUGGCGAAACCCCUCUCCUCACUUGCAUGCCUUCCACCUUGUGAUACAAUGAUGCGCUUUCGGGAUCAAACUCACCAAGCAGCCUCUCCCCACAUUCAAAUUGGAAUCCUGAAAAAUAAUAGCAACUUUUCACAAGUGUUCCUGUCAUCUGAUUGUUCUUUUCAGUGACUCGAAAGCAAACUUUUAGAGUCACCUUUUGGCUCAGGGGCCACAUUGCUUUUUUGUAUUUUUGUUUUACUACGCUGUCUGCUGCCAGGUAGAUCUUAGAACUGCCUGCCAUGGAUAAAUGAAGGUUAAAAUAAAAAUGAAUGAAAUGCACACUCAAGUAUUUUGAUGAAACUUGA